ACAAUAAACGAUAUGAUAUAGAAAUUUGGCAAGAAAAAUUUUAUGAAGAAUCAAGAGAUUGUAUACUUCCCAUACAGAGGAUAUUAGGACGAUUCAUCCCUUCUUCGUAUAAAUUUAAAAGAG